AUGGCCGCCCCCGCAACAAAGACGGUCGCCGACAUCUCCGGCAAGUGGGUCAUGAACAAGACCCUCUCCGACUCCCCCGAGCCGGCCCUCGCCCUCCAAGGCAUUGGCUGGAUGACGCGCAAGGCCGUCGGCCUCGCCACCGUCACCCUCGACGUCAAGCAGUACACCGCCCCGCCCUCGCCUCCCAACGAGAGCACCGAGCCCGUCACCCACAUCGACAUUGACCAGUACGCCACGGCCGGCCUCAAGGGCACUUCGGAGAAGCGCUGCCUCGACUUCGAGUUCCGCGAGCACUCGGACUGGAUGUUCGGCACCGUCCGCGGCCAGAGCAAGUGGAUGAGCGCCGAGGAGAUCGAGGACGAGUUCCUCAAGAAGGGCUGGCUUGAGGGUGAGGCCGAGGCGACGGGCCCCGACGGCAAGAGCCACGUCUACAGCCACGUCGAGAGCAUCGACAACGGCUGGACCGCCACCCAGAUCUGGGGCUUCCAGACCAUCGAGGGCGAGAGACGCUACGCCCGCAACGUCCUUGUCCAGAAGGGCGGCAAGAGAGUCGAGAUCCGUCUCGUCUACGACUGGCUUCCUUAG